AAGUUAUUAAUAACCACAUGUAAAGAGAUGAUACUCCAUGCUCCUCACCUUAUUCUUUCUUUAAGAUGCCUCGUUCCCUCUGUGUUCCUAAUGGGCUCCUCCACCAGUUACUGGGUAGCGGCUACUCUUCUUAAACUGAUCAGUUUACCUUUUGGGGGCCAGAGGGGGAGAAGCCUCUACCACAGAAUGGACCAGAGGCUCUACUCCUCCAUGAUGGCAAUGUUUGGAUACUUCUUUGAACACUGGUCUGGCGUUCAAUAUUGUUUCUAUGGUGAUCCUUUACCACAAACUCCAGAGAGUGUUAUAUACAUCAGCAACCAUCAAUCAACAGUUGAUUGGCUGAUUCCUGAGAUAUUGUGUUUAAAGCAAGGUGGGUUUGGAGGUCGUGUUCAUUACUUCUUAAAGAAAGCUGUCUUGUAUAUACCUCUGUAUGGCUCCUAUCUUGGAACUAGACACAAUAUAUUUCUUAAGAAGAAUCAAUCUAAGAACCAUGAUUGGUUGAAAAGGAAACUGCUAGAGCUUGGUAACACUGGCAUUCCAGUUUGGUUGGUGAUAUUUCCUGAAGGGACUCGGUUCAAUCUCAGUAAGCCUGAUAAACUAAGGAAAAGUCAUUCUUAUGCUGAAAGCUUGGGACAACCGAAACUGGAGCAAGUUCUAACGCCACACACAACUGGGUUUGAGUUAACUCUUGAGACAUUGAAGGAGAGGUUCCAAGCAGUUUAUGAUAUUACCAUUAUAUACGAGGGGAAGGAAGGACAUUCCGUUCGAUCUCCUCCACCCGACAUGUUUGGGUUUUACUCUGGAGUGUGUCAAAAAGUACAUAUUCAUAUUAAAAGAACUGAAGUAUCUGAUAUACCCAAUACUGUUGAAGAGCAAAGACAAUGGCUCUUCGACUCCUUCAAAGAUAAAGACAAAUUGAUCACUGAUUUCAUAUCAUCAGGAAUAGUACGUGGUCAAACUAGGUCCCUCCCUCUCCCUCUCUCCUAUACUCUACCACCAGUGAUGGCCUAUGGAUCAGUACUGUUACUAAUGGCAACCACAAAACAUGGCCGUUUUUUCUGGUUGGGAGCAUUGAUAUUCUACAGUCUCUGUGGAUAUAUAGCAAUACAGCAAAAGCUAAUCGACUGAGUGUUGUAAUGUGUUUUGUUUGUGUUGUAAACUAGUUGUCUCUAGUGUUGAACAAACAAUUAAAUAUUAUUAAAUGGGCAACUUUUGAUGAAUUAGUUUGUGAAUGAAAUGAUUUUUAGUUGAAAAU